CCUCCUCCUGUCGUCCCGCGCAACCCCGACCUGCAGCACGUCGCCCGCACCGUCCUCAAGGCAAAGCGCAUCGCCGUCGUAUGCGGCGCCGGCAUCUCGACCGCAACCGGCAUCCCCGACUUUCGCUCGGGCGCAGGCCUGUUCGAGUCGCUCAAGAAGCAGUACCCCGAUGCUCGUCUCUCGAGCGGCAAGGACCUCUUUGACGUCGGCCUCUUCCAGUCCGAGCAGACGGCAUCCAUCUUCUACAACAUGAUCGCGGCCCUCCACAAGCAGGCCGAUGGCGUCGCCCCGACCGCGUUCCACUCGUGGCUCAAACAGCUCGACAACGACGGCAAGCUGUUCCGCGUCUACACCCAGAACAUCGACGCGCUCGAGGAAAAGGCGGGCUUGACCUACGGCCUCGGCGACAAGACGCUCCCGCUCCCGCCUCGUCGCCGCACCGCCGCACCGCGCUCGCCGUCCAAGUCGAGCACGACCGCGACGAGCGCCCACGCGAGCGGCAGCACGACGCCGCUGCCCGCCGCCUCGGCGUCGUCGGCCCUCGGCCCGACCUCGUCCCAGAUGUCGCUCGCGUCGUCGACGGCGAGCACGGCCUCGACGUCGUACCCGACGCCGCGCUCGUCCCAGUCGCCGCCGCCGACCCACUCGACCAUCCCGCGGUGCAUCCCGCUCCACGGCCACCUGUCGACCCUCUCGUGCUCGUUCUGCAAGCUCGUGACCCCGACCGCGGCGUACCUCGACCUCCUCAGCUCGGGCACGGCCCCCUUGUGCCCGGCGUGCCUCGCCAAGGAGGCCCUGCGCUCGGCCGCCGGCGAGCGCGCGCGCGGCGUCGGCGUCCUCAGGCCCGACGUCGUCCUGUACGGCGAGGAGCACAAGGACGGCGAGCGCGUCGGCGAGAUCACGCAGCGCGACCUCAUGGGCCAGCGGCCCGACUUGCUCCUCGUCGUCGGCACGACGCUCAAGGUCAAGGGCACAAAGCGCCUCGUGCGCGAGCUCGCAAAGGUCAUCAAGCCCGUCUCGGCGUCGUCGACCGCCUCGUCCUCGUCGUCGACCUCGGCGCCCACGACGACGACGACGACCUCGUCGUCGACCAAGCAGGCGCCCGUGCACACGAUCUACCUCAACGCCGAGUUCCCCUCGCCCGCGCGUGAGUGGGCCGACGUGUUUGACGUGUGGUGCCGCGGUGACAUCCAGGAGUUUGUCGCCGCGCUCGCGCGCGAGGCGGGUCGGGUCGAGAGCGAGGCGAGGGAGCGGGACGAGAGGAGGAGGGCCCGGGUCGAGAAGGCGCAGGGGAGGAAGAGGGCGGCCGAGGAGGCGGCAGCGGCCGGUGGGGCGGGCGCGAGCGCCGCGACGAGCGCCAAGGUCGGCAGCGCAGCGGCACUGACGGCGGCCCCGAGCCCGAUCAAGGCGGCGCGCCCGCCGCCACUCGACCGGUCGCACCUCCCGACCGUCCGCAGCCCGACCAAGGCGGCCCUCGGGUCCGCCGCCGCCGCCGGCGCGCUCCCGCUCCUCCUCCCGCGCCCGUCCGCCCUCCCGCUCCUCCCGCUCGAGAACGCGCCCGAGCCGAGCCGGGCUCGCGUCCGCACGCGCGCCGUCACGCCGCCCGCUUCGCCUGCGUCGGCCUCGGCGUCGGCGUCGGCGUCAGCGGCGGCGCAUCACGCCGGCGCGUACUCGCUCGUGGCGGCGUCCACCGGCGCGACGGCCGGCGCGCCGCCCGCCAAGCGUCCUCGCACGCGCGCGUCGCCUCCUGCGCCCGCCACGAGCGCGAGCGCGCCGCGCCCGCAGCCGUUCGCGCUCGAGCUGUCGCCGCCGCCGCGCCCGGGCUCGGCUUCGGGAUCGAGCUCGCGCUCGUCGGCGACGAGGUCGUCGUCGACGGCGGCGGCGCCGGUCAGCUCAAGCGCGACGCCGGCCUUCCCGUACAGCCUCCCGGCGCUGCCGCCGCUCUCGUCGGCGCCGUCGCAGGCCAAGCCGACUCGUGGCGAGGCCCUCGUGCGCUCGGCGCCGCUCGUCGACGGCGCGGGCAAGCUCCUCCUUGUCCGCUCGGCGUCGAGCUCGAGCCUGUCGAGCGUCGCGUCGUCGCACGGCCUCGGCGGCGACGACGACAUGGACGACGAGCGCGCCGACAGCCUGACGGCGCACGACAUUGCCGUCGUCGUCGCCGACUCGGCCGAGGAGGACUCGGCGGCGUCGCCUGCGCCGGGCUCGUCGCAGCGCAAGCGUGGGCGCCCGACCGUCAAGCGCUCGGGCACCUCGACGUCCGCCUCGACCUCGAUGUCGACGUCGACGUCGAACAGCACGGCCUCGAGCCGCAAGAGCAAGCGCUCGAGCACGACGAGCCCGGGCGCGAGCGCGACCACGUCGCGCCGCACGACGCGCUCGUCGCCGCACGGCGUCGGGGUCCGUGCGCGCCGCUCGUCGCGCGCCUCGACGGCGAGCGCGACACAGAGCUCGCUCGACGCUGCCGCGACGAGGCGCACGAGCCCGGGUGCGAGCACGAGCGCGAGCGCGGCGGCGGCCAAGCCCGUCGUGCUCAAGAGCGUGGCCAAGGGCAAGGGCGCCAAGGCGCACGAGCAGGAGCACGUGCAGGCGCAGACGAGGCUCGCGUUCGAGGUGACGAAGAAGCGGGUCGGGGACGUGACGGGGACGAAGCGGCGCUGA